ACUGAGCAGAGAAACCAGCCAGGUUUGAUUCUACUCCUGAUAUUGUUAAUAAGAAGCUAUCUGCAUCCACGUUACAAGAUGAAGACAAAUGCGGUGAUCCGUUUGAUGUCAUUGCUGUCUAUCUGGAUGUGGACUGGAGAAGGUCUCAUUUUUCAGCCCCAGCUCACAACUAAUCCAUUCUUAGCCACUGUCACCACCAGUACAGUGAUACUGCAGCAGCCGUAUUGUGUAUUUGAUCAGACGUGCCCUGGCUGUGACAUAUGGCUGGUGGCUGGCCUGUGCUCAGCAACCGGCACCUUUAAUGCUCCAGCGGGCACUCCCAACGUCACCAGCUUGUCACCAUACCCAACAGCCUUCCAGCCAUCAGGAAGCAACUACUUUCUGACCAGAGUUGGACCUCUGUCAAAUUUCCCCUGUAAUCAGUCCUCCAGUGAUCAGUACUUCAUAGUCGGGGCUGAUGGGACAUGUUAUGCCCCCAACUGUAAUGGAGCAUUACCUGAUGGAUCCACUGUUUGUUUCAGGUAUCUUCUAGUCGAUGCUAAUGGGACUCUUGUUAAUUCAUCAAACUGGUCUAACAACAUUACACUUCCCCAACUAUUAAGCUAUAACACCAUUUAUGAUGGCCUAAGUGCGAGAUCUGGAGCCAUGUGUGUCAUUACUGCCAUCCUCUGUGUGGCUGCGGCUCUGCUUUUACUCUUUUUCCUCAUCGCAUUAUGCUUAAAGUGCUGUUGCAAGAAAGACGGUAAGCAAAUCACCGUCAUGAACUCAAUCCGUAUUCCCCGCUAUGACACCCACAACCUAAAGGAGCGGGUGCACCCCUACGACAACCCUUCUUACCAGUCGGACGUGAAAAAUUACACCACAUCCGACACUCUGCCCAAGGCUGGAGCACGAAAGCUGUGAGCUCCCAAAGACGCCAUCACUGCACUGCAUAUUCCAGGAGAAAAUGAGAAUAUGACACAAACCAAAAUAGAACAAAGGAAGUGAACUUGUCACUUGGAAAUGAACUCAUCAACACAUUCAGUUUCACAUUCACAUACAUAGCUGCCAUCAGAACUGUUUCCUGUGUAUCAAACCAGAGUGGAUGUAUUUAAAGUUAAUUUUUUAGUCAGGUUCCAGCUUUUUGUAAACUCUUGUGACCUCAGAAUUGUUUGUGAUCAAAGGAACAAGAUGGAACAGAAAUACUGACUACAAAUGCAAAUUCACUAGAUGGCGCUAUCUAGUAACUAAAGAAAUAUAUGGUAGAGCAGGGGUGCCCAACCCUGAUCGACCUUCCUGCAGAGUUUAGUUUCAACCCUAAUCAAACACACCUGUCUGUAAUCAUCAAGUGCUCCUUCAGAUCCAGUGUUUUCUAACCUUUCUUGUCUUAGGGGUUAGAUAGACAUAAAUAACCCUUCACGCACACCAAAGUAGUAGAAUUUGUUUCUAUUAACUAAUAUUAUACUAAAUAUCUUUUAUUAUUGUUAUUCAUUAUUACAAAAAGGUAAGUAAGUAGGUAAAAUACUUUUCUUUUUCAUGUUUAAUCAUAUUUAUUCUUAUGCUAUUCUUGUUAGUGGUUUUUAAGUAAUUUUAAUCUUUGACAGUUGUAUUAUGUGCUAUAUGUUUACAAAGCAACUACCCUGGUCUUUAAUCAUUAUGAGUUUAGUUUAAAAUGUUAUAAAUGUACAUAUUGCAACUGGUCAGAAUUUUUUUUUUUUUUAUGAUUGAUAAAUACAUCAUACACACAAAUAUUGGGUAACUCAUUUUAAUUACUUUUUUGUUGAUACUACUCAGUAUUGAAUGAAAUAAAGGUUUAUUUAU